CAACAACUACCUCUUCUCUCUCUCUUUCUCUAAUAAGGGAAAAUAAUUAACCAGCAUUGUCUUCACUUCAGAGAGACACAAUCAAAGAAUGGCGUUUCCCUUCUCUUCCUGCAAACAAGAAUAUGCAUUCCUCUCCUCUCUUCUUCUUGUUCUUCCUCUACUUCUGCUCAUUUCUUCUUCCGUAGCUGAUCUCUCUUUCAACUUCUACAGCAGUUCAUGCCCUGGGGCUGAGUUUAUCGUCAGAAACACCGUUAGAUCAGCUUCUUCCUCUGAUCCAUCAGUCCUUGGGAAGCUCGUCCGUCUUAUCUUCCAUGACUGUUUCGUCCAGGGUUGUGAUGCCUCGGUGUUGGUUCGAGGGAACGGUACAGAGAGAAGCGACCCUGGAAACGCGUCACUAGGAGGUUUUGAUGUGAUAGAAAGCGCCAAAAAUGUUCUAGAAAUCUUCUGUCCAGGCAUAGUCUCAUGCGCUGACAUCCUUGUUCUUGCUGCUAGAGACGCCGUUGAAGCUCUCGGAGGACCUGUAGUUGCAAUACCGACAGGGAGGAGAGACGGAACGGUCUCAGCGGCAGAAAAUGUCAGACCAAACAUCAUUGAUACGGAUUUCACAGUUGAUAAAAUGAUCAAUAUCUUUUCCUCCAAAGGCUUAUCUGUUCAAGAUCUUGUCGUUCUCUCAGGAGCGCACACUGUUGGUGCUGCCCACUGCAACACAUUCAACAGCAGGUUUAAGAGAGAUCCUAGAGGCAAUUUCGAGCUCAUAGACGCAUCUCUCGACAACUCCUACGCGCAAACACUUUUGAACAAGUGUUCGUCUUCUAUGGAUCCGACGACUGCGGUCGUAAACAACGAUCCUGAGACAUCGUCGACGUUCGACAAUCAGUACUACAAGAACUUGUUGGCGCACAAGGGUCUGUUCCAGACGGAUUCUGCUCUCAUGGAAGAUGAUCGGACGAGGAAGAUUGUCGAGAUUCUGGCGAACGAUGAGGAGAGUUUUCUGGAGAGAUGGACCGAGUCGUUUAUGAAGAUGAGUGUGAUUGGUGUGAGGGUUGGUGAAGAAGGUGAGAUCAGACGUUCUUGUUCUUCUGUAAAUUAAACAGAGGUUAGAUGAAUUCAGACAGAGGAGCAAAACUGCAAUAUAGUUUAGUUUGUGUGUCUUACUUACUGCUGUUAAUUUUAGUACCACAAUUUCUUUAAUUUAUUUAUGUUCAGCUGCAAUGUAGACAAACUUUAUUUUAUUUUACUGAAACGUUAAUUUUGUUA